AUGGCUCAAACAGUCUUAAUCACAGGUGCUACAGGGUUCAUUGCCACUUAUGUUAUCAAACUCCUUUUAGAACAAGAUUAUAUCGUUAUAGGAACAGUUAGAACAAUGGAAAAGGGUGAUAAUUUUGUUAAAAACUUCCAAAAUGACAAUUUCAGCUAUGUUAUCGUUCCAGAUUUAACUGACUCAAAGCAACAUUUUGAACAAAUCUUGCAAAGCCAUCCAGAAAUUGAAAUUGUCUUACAUACAGCUUCACCCGUAUUUCCAAGGUAUUAUAAAGAUGCUGAACAAGAUUUGAUUUUACCAGCUAUAAAUGGUACAAAGAAUCUUUUGGAAUCAGUUACCAAAUAUGGUCUUAAUGUCAAGAGACUUGUUUAUACUUCUUCAGAUUCUGCUAUUCAUUCGGUUAAUCGUGAAGGUCAAAAUCUUGUUGAAAAUGAAGAUUCAUGGAACGAUGUUGAGUGGGUUAGAGGUAAUUCCAAAGAUAUAGAUGCUGUUACAGGUUAUGACGUUUCCAAAACUUAUACUGAAAGAGAAGUUUGGGAAUAUAGUUCUAAGAACCCAAAUGUUAAAGUUAGUGUUAUUAAUCCAGCUUACGUGUUUGGUCCUCAAUUAUUUGAUGAAACCGUUCAUGAAUUAAAUUAUUCAAGUGAUCUGCUUGGUUCUCUGGUGACAAAUGGUAAUGGUGAUGAUUACAAAAGAUUGAAAGGUGGGUUUAUUGAUGUUAGAGACGUGGCAAAAGCUCAUUUAUUUGCAUUUCAACGUGAUAAUACUAUAAAUAAAAGAUUGUUUUUGAAUGAAACUACCUUUACAGAACAAACAUUAUUAGAUAUAGUUAAUGCCAAAUUCCCUUCAUUACAUGACAAAGUUCCAAAAGGUGUACCUGGUUCAGAUAAAGAAACAUUAAGAGAAAGUUUUACUGUUUUCGAUAACACUAAAACAAAGGAAAUUUUAGAUUUUGAAUUCAUUUCUUUAGAACAAGGUGUUUUCGAUACAAUUGAUCAAAUCAUUAAAGUUAAAGGGAUUUAA